GGGUCUGGGUCUGGGCUCACACGGGGGCCACGAGUGCGAUUCGGGCCCAGCCCCACAGGUUUUCUGCAUUUGGGUGGCCUUCGGACUGCUUUGUACAAUUAUAUCUUUGCCAAAAAACACCAAGGGACCUUUAUUUUGAGAGUGGAGGAUACAGAUCAGAAUCGGGUGGUGCCUGGAGCUGCAGAAGGAAUAGAAGAAAUGUUGGACUGGGCAGGUAUCCCCCCUGACGAGAGCCCGUGCCGAGGUGGCCCCCGCGGGCCGUACGUGCAGUCGCUGAGGCUGGAGCUGUACCGAGGAGCCAGCGCGGCGCUGCUGGAGAGUGGGGCUGCCUAUCGCUGCUUCUGCACCCCCCAGCGCCUGGAGCUGCUCCGCAGGGAGGCCCUGCGCUGCCAGCACACCCCGCGAUACGACAACCGGUGUCGGCACCUGACGCCCGCGGAAGUGGCCCAGAAGCUGUCACAGGGCCUCGACUGUGUUGUCCGCUUCCGGCUGGAGAAGGGCGUGGAACCCUUCCAGGACCUGGUCUACGGCUGGAACAAGCACGAGGUGGCUGAGGUGGAAGGCGACCCCGUGAUUCUCAAGGGGGACGGGUUCCCCACGUAUCACCUGGCGAACGUGGUGGAUGACCACUACAUGGGUAUCACCCACGUGCUGCGCGGGACCGAGUGGCUGACCUCAACCUCCAAGCACCUGCUUCUCUACAAAGCCUUUGGCUGGGAGCCCCCUCAGUUUGGACACCUCCCGCUGCUGCUGAACAAGGAUGGUGGGAAGUUGUCCAAGAGGCAAGGGGACAUCUUCCUGGAGCGCUUUGUUCGGGAUGGCUUCCUGCCAGAGGCACUGCUGGACAUCAUCACCAACUGCGGCUCGGGGUUUGCAGAGAAGCAGAUGGGGAGGACUUUGGAGGAGCUGAUCUCACAGUUUGAAAUAGGCAGGAUUACCACCCAUUCUGCCCUCCUGGAUCUUGAAAUGCUCCCAGAAUUCAACAGGAUUCACCUCACCCGUCACAUCGAGAACGAAGGGCUGCGCCAGAGGCUCGUUAGGGAGCUGCAGGAGCUGGUGCAGCACGUCUAUGGGGAUCAGCAAGUGGAUCCAGAGGUUCUGGAAAAGCAAUAUGUGGAGCGAGUCCUCCUGCUGAGAAAAGGUCACAUCAGCCUCCUGAAGAAUCUGGUGUCGAGUGAUUACUCUUACCUGUGGGUCAGGCCCUCGGUGUCCCGACAGCAGCUGCAAAUGAUUUCUACAGAAGCAGAUGACAUAGGAAAACUAGUCUUAGGGCUCAUGACAAGGCAGGCAGCUGCCUUGACCAUGGAGGAGUUGAACAAAGACCUGAGAAACCUCCAGAAGCAAACCAGAGAGACCAAGUACAGCAGCGUGAUGCAGCUCCUCCGCCUGGCACUCAGCGGGCAGCAGCACGGGCCGAGCGUUGCCGAGAUGAUGGUGACUUUGGGACCCAAGGAAGUGAGUGGCCGGAUCCACAGAGCGCUCUGCAGCUGACACGGGACAGCGGUGACACUGCCAGGCCGCUCUCGGAUGGCACAGGAGCAUGUGCCAUUGUCCUCCACCUGUGGUUUUGUUCUCAGCGUGGUUAUCUCUGAUCAGAUGAGCUGGGUUUUGAUCAGACAGGUGUCCAUGGUGUUUCCAGGUCUGCAUGUACCUGCACUAAGCACAAACCACUUUGUCUGGAAAAGAAACCAAAUCCAAAUUCAGCUGCAUCCUGCUGUCACCUUGUGCAGGGAGCCAGGUUUGUACAGGGAGCCUGGUUUCCACGGUGGGAGAAAAAGACAUUUACCCACAUUUAAAUUCAGACCACAUGGACAGGAAGUAACUGCUGAUAGCAGCAGAUGAGUCUCGUUUUGGAGAUAGCUUCACAAUCAGGGUACCUACAGCUACAGCAACACAGGUCCCCAGGAAAUACUGUGUGGAGAAGGUAUUUUUAUAUAGAGAAAUAUAUAUAUAUAUUUGAACUUCUGCCUUCUUAGCUGCCCUAUUGUCCUGCCAAGCUAAGUGAGCUGCUGGGAGAGGGGAACUCCCCUCCCUGUGUACUGUGUCAUAUGCAUGGUUCUGCUAAAAAUAUCCCUGAUCUGGAGAUUGGAGUGUCUUUUCCUCCUUUGUCUGAUGCCCUUUUAAUCAUUAAAUUAAUGUGGUGACUUUU